UUCUUUCUUCAUGCUCAAAUUAAACAUAAGUUUUAUUUUAGAUUUUCACACAUUUUUCACCCAAUUAAAAUUUUAUUUUAAAUUACCAUUACUAGAAAUUUAGAUUUUCUCCUAAAAUUACUUCCACUCAAAAACUUCAUCUUCUUCGAUAAUUAUUCAUUCUGCAGAAAAAAAAAAUUCAGCCAUGGCAUCUCUACUAGCAAACACCAUCUCUCGUUUCUCUCUCCAACCCUCUUGCGACCCACCAUCAUCGACCUUAAUUCAUCAAAAUCCCAAUACCCUAAAACCCAGAUUCCCAAAUCUCACAAAAAUCAGAGCUGAAAUUGGGUACGAUUCAAGCGCAACAAAUACUACUGAACCAGAAAGAGGUACGAGGCAUCAAAGCACCGCGAGAGACCGUGAACGGCAUGGUGAGGACAAUAGUGCUUUCCGAGCUUCUUAUCGGAGAGCCCUCAUGGCUUUAUCAUGUCAUAAUCUUUGGAUGGUCGCGGUAAAUUUAUUUCUUUUUCUUUUACCAAAGUUAUUACAUUGUUUUGUGUAUUAAUCUUUGUUUAGAUUUUGCAGAAUGUACAACAGCUGUCUGGGAGUCGUCGAGCAUCCUGACUUCCUUUGUAGUUAUAUUCUUUUUUUUGGAAACAUAUGUACAUAUCUCUUUGUAUAUAUAUUUUUUGUACAUAUGACACA